GAACAGUAUUGAACACAAGAAGGUGAAAUUAUGCCAAUGCUAGGCCUGAUUGGUUCAGUCCAUUUAUAUGUCAGCUGUGAUUGCUUUGCUGUUCUGCUGUUUCCCUCUCUGAUUUCUCGGCGACCAGUCAGUCUCUCCUCUCUCUCUCCAACUUGAUCCCCUCUGAAUUUCUAUAUUCUCUCUCUCUUCGACUUUCAACGGAAUUUGAUUGAAAAAAUUUCAUUGUUUCUGCAAGUAAGCAGACAUUCUAAUUUCAUUGUCUCAAGCUUUGACUUGUUUUGAUUCGUCCAUCUCUGGUAACGAAACCGGGAAGUUUUUAGCUCGGUUCAUGGAGAAGUUUCAAGUUGUUUUGAUAUGCUGCGAUUCAGUACAGGUUGAGGAGCUUCGAAGGAAGUUAGGGCUUUGUUUCUUGUAUUGAAUGUGAGUUUUUUUGUUUGGCAAGAAGUGGUGAUUUGUUUGGCACUUGAGAUUGAGGAUUGUUUCGGAAUUCGGAGUAAGUGAAAGGUUUAUGAUGACAAAAGUUCGAGGUGUGUGGAAGUGAACGAGUGACUGGAUUUGCUAAGAGUUGCUAAAUCAAUCAUAUCUGCGAACAUGAAGGCUCCAUCUAAUGGAUUUUUGGCAAAUCCUGCUGAAGGAGAAAGGAGGAGUAUUAAUUCAGAGUUGUGGCAUGCUUGUGCGGGACCACUGGUGUCUUUGCCACCAGUUGGAAGUCUUGUAGUUUACUUCGCUCAAGGACACAGUGAGCAAGUUGCAGCAUCAAUGCAAAAGGAGGCUGAUUUUGUACCCAGCUACCCCAACCUUCCUUCGAAGUUGAUUUGCAUGCUUCACAACGUCACAUUGCAUGCUGAUCCAGAAACCGAUGAAGUCUAUGCACAGAUGACCCUUCAACCUGUAAGCAAAUAUGGGAAGGAAGCAUUGCUGGCAUCUGACAUGGGCCUCAAACAAAACAGGCAGCCUGCUGAGUUCUUUUGCAAAAUUCUCACAGCAAGUGACACAAGUACUCAUGGUGGUUUUUCUGUACCUAGAAGAGCUGCUGAAAAAAUCUUCCCACCUCUGGAUUUUUCACAGCAACCACCUGCGCAGGAGUUGGUAGCCAGAGAUGUGCAUGACAAUUCUUGGACAUUCAGACAUGUUUAUCGGGGGCAACCAAAAAGGCACUUGCUGACUACAGGGUGGAGUGUCUUUGUCAGCACAAAAAGACUCUUUGCUGGUGAUUCCGUUCUAUUUAUAAGAGAUGAGAAGUCUCAGUUUCUCUUGGGUAUUCGGCCUGCUAAUAGACAGCAACCAGCUCUUUCUUCAUCGGUUAUAUCCAGUGACAGCAUGCAUAUUGGAAUACUUGCUGCCGCCGCUCAUGCUGCUGCAAAUAAUAGCCCAUUUACUGUGUUUUUUAACCCAAGGGCUAGUCCUUCUGAGUUUGUUGUCCCUUUAGCCAAGUAUAAUAAAGCAAUGUACACCCAACCGUCACUUGGCAUGAGAUUCCGGAUGAUGUUUGAGACUGAAGACUCGGGGGUCCGCAGAUACAUGGGUACAAUCACUGGUAUCAGUGAUUUGGAUCCUGUGAAGUGGAAAAAUUCACAAUGGCGUAAUCUUCAGGUUGGAUGGGAUGAAUCAACAGCAGGUGAUCGUCCAAGUCGAGUUUCAAUUUGGGCAAUUGAGCCUGUGGUAACUCCUUUCUACAUAUGUCCUCCUCCGUUUUUCAGACCCAAGUUUCCAAAACCACCAGGGAUGCCAGACAAUGAGUCUGACAUAGAGAAUGCUUUCAAGAGAGCAAUGCCUUGGCUUGGAGAUGAUUUUGGCAUGAAGGAUGCCCCUAGCUCAAUGUUCCCUGGUUUAAAUCUAGUACAGUGGAUGAGUAUGCAACAGAACAAUCAGUUUCCAGCUGCUCAGUCAGGAUUCUUCCAAUCAAUGGUUCCAUCUACUGCGAUAAAUACUAACCUGAGUGCUGAUGAGCCUUCUAAGCUGUUGAAUUUUCAGUCCCCAGCUCUGCCUGCUCUGAAUUUGCAGUUUAAUAAAGCAAAUCUACAAAACCAAGUCAACCAAUUGCCACAACCACCUACAGCAUGGACUCAACAGCAGCAGCUGCAGCAAUUAUUGCAAAAUCCUAUGACCCAACAACAGCAGAAGAGGCAGCAGCAAAGACACCAAAGCCAGCAAACACAGCCUCAACCGCUGUCGCAGCCACAACAAAUACAAUCACAACAGCUCCAGCAACAGCAACAACCACAACAACAAAUCAUAUUUCAAGCCACUCCUGUAAGUAAUAGUGUGGGUGUCCCUUAUCAGAUGGCAAGCCAAAAUGUGCAGCAACCAGCUGCAUACUCUCAGCUUCAUCAGCAGCAGCCGCAGUUACUUACAAGCAGUGCCCAAUCCGAUCAAAGUGUUCCCUCUAGUAAUAAGAAUUCAUAUCAGCUAACAUCCUUACCACAGCACUUACAGCUUCAGCAACAAACAGAACAGCCACCUGGCCUCUUACAGCGGCACCAGCAGGAAAGCCAGAUGCAACAGUCCCCAGUACAGUUGAUGCAACAAAACCUUUCACAGAGGUUUCCGCUGCCAGAAGUGCAAAAUUUAUCACAUCAAGGCCUUUCUGAGCAACACCUACAGUUGCUACAGAAAUUACAGCAGCAACAGCAAUUACUCUCCCCAGCAAGCUCCCUUGAGCAGACUCAGAUGCUGCAGCAAAAGGCCCAGCAGAUGCAACAGCCACCGUUGUUACAGAACCAGCAGCAAGUGCUCAGUGGAAAUAACUUCGCAACGUCAGCACUCAUGCAAUCACAACCUUAUCCUUUAAACGAGCACCAGAAUUUACAAAAACCACCUGCUACACUGAGAGCCAAUUCUGGACUUACAGAUGGGGAUGCACCAUCAUGUUCGACCUCACCUUCUACUAAUAAUUGUCAGAUUUCCUCGUCAAAUUUCCUUAACAAAAUCCAACAUGGUUUACCCAUGGUUCUGGGGGAUUCAGUGGCUGACCCUGCAAGCAAUUUGGUUCAAGAGCUUCAACCUAAGUCUGAUAUGCGGAUCAAACAUGUGUUACCCAGCUCCAAAGGACCUGACCAACAAAAGUUUAAGGGUACAAUGGGUGAUCAAUUGGAAGCCUCAACUUCUGGAACAUCAUAUUGUCUGGAUGGAGGCACUAUACAGCAAAAUUUCUCAAUCCCCAGUUUUGGUUUGGAGGGUGAUUUCCAAUCACAUCCUCAAAACAAUCUACCAUUUGCAUCGAAUAUUGAUGGAUUGAUGCCUGACACAUUGUUGCCAAGGGGAUAUGACUCUCAAAAGGAUCUUCAGAACUUGCUGUCUAAUUAUGGUGGUACACCAAGAGAUAUUGAGACAGAGUUGUCCACUGCUGCAAUAAGCUCCCAGUCAUUUGGGGUGCCCAACAUCCCAUUUAAGCCUGGGUGUUCAGGUGAUGUGGCCAUCAAUGACACGGGAGUUUUAGCGAAUGGAUUGUGGAGCAACCAGGCUCAACGUAUGCGAACAUAUACAAAGGUUCAAAAACGUGGAUCUGUUGGGAGAUCUAUUGAUGGAACCCGAUACAAAGGGUAUGACGAGCUCAGGCAUGAUCUAGCGAGGAUGUUUGGAAUUGAAGGCCAGCUAGAAGAUCCACAUAGUUCUGACUGGAAACUAGUGUAUGUUGAUCAUGAAAAUGACGUACUUCUUGUUGGUGACGAUCCUUGGGAGGAAUUUGUGAGUUGUGUUCAGAGCAUAAAGAUACUAUCAGCUGCCGAAGUUCAGCAGAUGAGCUUGGAUGGAGAUCUGGGCAACAUUCCAGUUCCCAAUGAAGCAUGGAAUUUGUGAGCUAUGUUCAGAGCAUAAAGAUACUAUCAGCUGCUGACGUUCAGUAGAUGAGCUUGGAUGGAGAUAUGGGCAACAUUACAGUUCCCAAUCAAGCAUGUAGUGGAACCGACAGUGGGAAUGCAUGGAGGGGCACUAUGAGGAAAACUCAGCCGCUUCGUUUAAUAUAUAACGAUGCAUCUGUAUUCUGGGCGUGUUGACAUGCUAGGAAGCUAGGAAGGCACAACAAUCUAUCUGGUUGUCAACUCUCAGUACUUGGGGAUAGAAUAAUUAAGAUGUUAAAAGUGCUCCGUGGAUACUCAGGUAACAAUUUAAAGUGCACCUAUUUAAUUAGUACACCAUCUUCACUGAGAGGGUUGAAGAAUUUUUGUCAUUGUGGUGGUGGUGGUGGUGGUGGUAGGUGCUGCAUGCACUUUAGAGCGAGGUUUUCGAACUCAGUUUGCCAAUGUUUAUUCAAAUUUCUGGGGAAGUACUUGUUGAUUGCAACGUAUUUAGCCUCAAGGUGUAUCAUUAGGUACAACAGGAAGCAAGGAUGAAGGUCCUUCAAUGUAUAUAAACUCACACCAGUUUUUUUUCGAGACUAGUCUGACGCGGAAAACCUAGUCUGACAUCAAAACUCCCCUUGUAAAUGCUGUAGAGGUAAGACCACAGGCAGGAGUGUGAGGAAGCUGUAGCUUUUCCCAUCAGCAGGUAUGAUUGCCUGCUCAUUAUGUAAACGGCAUUAUUUUGCCCACAUCUGGCUAACAGUCUUUCUCAAUGAUAAAUAUGAGGUUAUAUUUUUUGUUUUGGUAGAUAGAACGUAGGGUAGACAGAAUGUGAAUUUAUAGGUUACCCUACAGAGUAUUUCCCAACAAUGCUGGAGUAGAAGAAAAGUUCUCUUAAUAAGGCUA